AUGCGUGUGUCGUUUCUGUAUCGUUUCAAAACCCAACGAUACUUUAGAUGUUGUGUUUAUGCACUAGGUGCUUCUGCCUUCUUGGUUGGAGGUCGAUGGGCUCUUGCUGACAACAGCAUUGUGGGCCUAAGUAAUAAAUCUCUCUCCGUUUCCUGUGCUAGUGUACCAUUUGUUACCAAGUUUCCUGAGAUAAAUCUAAAUAACUGGAUGUGCUUGCCUGUUUCUGCAGUCGAUAAGUUACAGUCAGGUGAUGAGUGUUAUCGGUCAAAAAUGGAAGUGUUGUGCAUGGAACUCCAGGGUCGCUUGUGUAAGGAAAUCGAGAAGAUUGAUGGGAAGGCCAAGUUUAAAGUGGACAAAUGGGAGCGUCGUGCUGGUGGUGGCGGAAUUUCAUGUGUUCUAGAGAAUGGUGAUGUUUUUGAAAAGGCUGGUGUAAACAUCAGUGUGAUAAGUGGAAAUCUUAGCGCUCAAGCUGUAAAAGAAAUGCGUGCAAGACAUAAUGAAAUUGAUCCUAAUAAAGAGUGCAAAUUUUUCGCUUGUGGUAUCAGUUCAGUUAUUCAUCCUCUUAAUCCAUAUGUUCCUACAACACAUUUCAAUUUUCGUUAUUUCGAAGUUGAUUUGGGUAACAAUCGUAAAUGUUGGUGGUAUGGUGGAGGAGCAGAUUUAACUCCAUACUACUUAUUUAAUGAAGAUGCUAAACAUUUUCAUGAACAAUUAAAAUUGGCUUGUGAUCAACAUAACGAAUCGUUUUAUCCACGUUUUAAAAAAUGGUGUGAUAAUUAUUUCUAUCUGACACAUCGAGGUGAGACACGUGGUGUUGGUGGAAUAUUUUUUGACGAUUUAGAUGAUACUUCACAAGAAAAAGUAUUUAGUUUUGUAAAAUCAUGUGCUGAAGCAAUCAUUCCAGCUUACCUACCGAUUGUUGAAAAACGAAAACAUUUAAAGUAUACUAACAAAGAACGUGAAUGGCAGUUGGUAAGACGUGGACGUUAUGUUGAAUUCAAUUUAAUCUAUGAUCGUGGCACUAAAUUUGGUCUAGCCACCCCAGAAGCUCGUAUUGAAAGUAUUUUAAUGUCUUUACCACGUUAUGCUCAAUGGAACUAUUGUUAUGACAAUUCUCAGGAUCCACGUAAUCAAUCUCUCAUUGAGGUGCUUAAAAAUCCUAAAGAAUGGGUUUAA